AGGAAAAGCAAGGCCUUUUAAAAAAAGGCAAUCACAACAACUUUUGCUGCCAGGAUGCCCUUGCUUUGGCUGAGAGGAUUUCUGUUGGCGAGUUGCUGGAUUAUAGUGAGGAGUUCCCCCACCCCAGGAUCCGAGGGGCACGGCGCAGCCCCCGACUGCCCGUCCUGUGCACUGGCCACCCUCCCAAAGGAUGUACCCAACUCUCAGCCGGAGAUGGUGGAGGCCGUCAAGAAGCACAUUUUAAACAUGCUGCACUUGAAGAAGAGACCCGAAGUCACCCAGCCGGUGCCCAAGGCGGCGCUUCUGAACGCUAUCCGAAAGCUUCAUGUGGGCAAAGUGGGGGAGAACGGGUACGUAGAGAUAGAGGAUGAUAUCGGCAGGAGGGCAGAAAUGAAUGAACUCAUGGAGCAGACCUCGGAGAUCAUCACGUUCGCAGAAGCAGGCACCACCAGGAAAACGCUGCACUUUGAGAUUUCCAAAGAAGGCAGUGACCUGUCAGUGGUGGAGCGGGCCGAAGUCUGGCUCUUCCUCAAAGUCCCCAAGGCCAACAGGACCAGGACCAAAGUCACCAUCCAGCUCUUGCAGAAGCACCCCCAGGGCAACGUGGACACAGGGGAGGAGGCCGAGGAGAGGGGCUUCAUGAAGGAGAGGAACGAAGUGUUGAUAUCGGAAAAGGUGGUGGACGCGAGCAAGAGCACCUGGCACAUCUUCCCGGUGUCCAGCAGCAUCCAGCGGUUGCUGGACCAGGGCAAGAGCUCCCUGGACGUUCGGAUUGCCUGUGAGCAGUGCCACGAGACGGGCGCCAGCCUGGUGCUCCUGGGCAAGAAGAAGAAGAAGGAGGAGGAGGGGGAAGGGAAGAAGAAGGACGGAGGAGACGGAGGGGCAGGGGGAGAGGAGGACAAGGAGCAGUCCCACAGACCUUUCCUCAUGCUGCAGGCCCGCCAGUCUGAAGACCACCCCCAUCGGCGGCGGCGGCGGGGCUUGGAGUGCGACGGCAAGGUCAACAUCUGCUGUAAGAAACAGUUCUUUGUCAGUUUCAAGGACAUUGGCUGGAAUGACUGGAUCAUCGCUCCCUCCGGCUAUCACGCCAACUACUGCGAGGGUGAGUGCCCAAGCCACAUAGCAGGCACGUCGGGGUCCUCGCUCUCCUUUCACUCGACGGUCAUCAACCACUACCGCAUGCGGGGGCACAGCCCCUUCGCCAACCUCAAGUCGUGCUGUGUGCCCACCAAGCUGAGACCUAUGUCCAUGCUGUACUAUGAUGAUGGGCAGAACAUCAUCAAGAAGGACAUUCAGAACAUGAUAGUGGAGGAGUGUGGGUGCUCAUAGAGCGCCCCGCCCAGGGGGGACGGGAGCCAGAGUUGUCCAGAGAAGACAGUGGCAAAAUGAAGAAAUGUUUAAGGUUUCUGAGUUAAACAAGCAGAAAAAAAAAAAAAAAAAGAAAUUAAAAAAAAAUAAACUAAAAACAAAACCUGAAACAGAUGAAGGAAGAUGUGGAAAAAUUCCUUAGCCAGGGCUCAGAGAUGAAGCAGUGAACAAGACGGGAAUUGGGAGGGAGAGGGAGAACAGCACCCCCUUCAUUUCUUCUGAUAUCAAGGUGAUGACAUCAGUCGCUUACACGGGAGUAUUGUCUCCUCCUUUU